AUGGCUUCUGAAACUAGAAAUACUAGUUUUGGUAUUACUAUUAUUGUUCCUACUCUGACACCUAUUCAUGCAACAGUUCGAAUAAACCAUGGUGAGACCCCAAAAAAGUUUAAUGGAGCAGAGUUUAGAAGAUGGCAACAGAAAAUGUUAUUCUAUAUCACAACUUUGAAUUUGGCAAGGUUCAUCCGUAAAGAUGCUCUCCUUUUAACUAAAAAUGAGGCUGAUCAGCAAAUGGUUGUUGUAGUGGAAGCAUGGAAGCAUGUUGAUUUCCUAUAUAGGAACUAUAUCCUUAAUAGGCUGGACAAUACUUUGUAUAAUGUGUACAGUCCAUUGAAGAUGGCAAAAGAAUUAUGGGAAUCUUUCGACAAAAAGUAUAAGGCAGAAGAUGCUGGCAUGAAGAAAUUUAUUGUCGGUAAAUUUCUUGAAUACCUAAGGGUAGAUUCUGAAACCCUCAUCAGUCAAGUACAAGAACUUCAAGUGAUAUUUCAUGACAUUCAUGCUGAAGGAAUGAUUCUAAAUGAGUUGGUUGCUAUCAUUGAGAAGCUGCCACCGUCAUGGAAGGAUUUCAAAAAUUAUCUAAAGCAUAAACGCAAAGAAAUGUUGUUUGAAGAUUUGAUUAUAAGGUUAAGGAUAGAAGAAGACAAUUGGGCUUUUGAGAAGAAAGUAGGGGAUUAUCCUAUAGGGGCUAGUGCGCAUGUGGUGGAAUAA